UCGUCACUCUUUUUUAUAUUCCCAACUCGCCUGUCUUCUUCACUCACUCUACCGUGGGCUGAUUCCAAAGUAGAAAAAUCCAAACAACUCUCUCCCGUCACUCGGAAUCAUCAAAAGUUCAUAACAAAGCAUUUCCCUUCCGUAACUGCUCUCUCCGAUCUCCGCCUUCCAUGUUCUGCAAUCCUUGGAAACCCUAGAGCGCGCGAACUGUUAGCAAUGGCGUUCUGGUGGCCGUUGAUUGUACUAGCUCUCGCUUACGGCCUCUGCCGCUUUCUGUUCAUGCUCAUCCCCGUCAAUGUGCCUUCGAUCGACGUCGACGUCUCCGACGUUACGGAAGGGAAUCAGGCGCAGGAGAACAGCUUCAUUUACAUACCGCCUAGAGGAAGGACGCAGCAGUCGGAAACAAAAGUUCAGUGCUAUGAACCGGCUACCAUGAAAUACUUGGGAUACUUCCCUGCCUUGUCGCCUUCUGAGGUCGAGGAACGAGUUGCUCUGGCUAAGAAGGCUCAGACAGUGUGGGCAAAAAGCAGCUUUAAGCAACGACGCCAGUUUCUGAGGAUUCUUCUGAAAUACAUUCUCGAACACCAACAGCUCAUUUGCGAAGUUUCUUCUCGUGAUACUGGAAAGACAAUGGUCGAUGCAUCUUUAGGAGAAAUAAUGACCACAUGUGAGAAGAUUACUUGGCUACUCUCAGAGGGUGAGCGGUGGCUAAAGCCUGAAUACAGAUCAUCUGGGAGAUCAAUGAUUCACAAGAAAGCUAAGGUUGAGUUCCACCCCCUUGGCGUUAUUGGUGCCAUUGUUUCGUGGAACUACCCCUUUCACAAUGUAUUUAAUCCAAUGCUGGCAGCAGUCUUUUCAGGCAAUGGCAUUGUGAUUAAGGUCUCGGAACAUGCAAGCUGGUCAGGCUGUUUCUACUUCAGGAUAAUCCAAGCUGCUCUUGCUGCUGUUGGUGCUCCUGAUAAUCUGGUUGACGUAAUAACAGGGUUUGCUGAAACAGGAGAAGCCUUGGUGUCUUCAGUUGAUAAAGUCAUAUUUGUUGGAUCUCCUGGUGUUGGUAAGAAGAUAAUGAGAAAUGCGGCCAAAAAUCUUGUCCCGGUUACGCUUGAGCUCGGAGGAAAGGAUGCAUUCAUUGUGUGUGAAGAUGUGGAUGUGCCUCAUGUCGCACAAGUGGCUGUUAGGGCUGCCCUCCAAUCAUCCGGACAGAACUGUGCUGGGGCCGAGAGGUUUUAUGUUCACAGAGACGUAUAUGCUUCAUUUGUCACCCAAGUUUCCCAGAUUGUAAAAUCUGUUUCCGCCGGCCCGCCACUUACUGGAAGGUAUGACAUGGGAGCGCUAUGCAUGCAAGAGCAUUCUGAGAGGCUUCAGAACCUCGUAAACGAUGCUCUGGAAAAAGGUGCAGAAAUCGUUGCUAGAGGGAGUUUCGGUCACCUUGGCGAAGGUGCUGUCGAUCAGUUCUUCCCCCCAACGGUGAUCGUAAAUGUCGACCACACCAUGAAGUUAAUGCAAGAGGAGGCGUUUGGACCGAUCCUGCCGAUCAUGAAGUUCAGCACUGACGAAGAGGCGAUCAAGCUUGCGAACGACUCGAGAUACGGGCUUGGUUGCGCUGUGUUCUCGGGCAGUCAGCGACGCGCCAGGGAGAUAGCUUCAAAGAUACACACUGGAGUCGCGGCUGUCAAUGACUUCGCUUCCUCCUACAUGUGCCAGGCAAUACUUUCUCUCGUAUUCACUUGAUUUUUGCACGAGCUCCUAAAAUCAAUAAACUGAUGCAUUGUCUCCAUUUCAGUCCUUGCCGUUCGGCGGUGUGAAAGACAGUGGAUUCGGACGAUUUGCCGGAAUCGAAGGGUUGCGAGCCUGCUGCCUGGUGAAGUCGGUUGUUGAGGAUAGAUGGUGGCCGUACGUUAAAACCAAGAUACCCAAGCCAAUUCAGUAUCCAGUUUCGGAGGGUGGUUUCGAGUUCCAGGAGUCGCUUGUGGAAGCAUUAUAUGGGCUGAACAUAUGGGAUCGUCUGCAGGCGCUGGUUACUGUUCUCAAGGCUCUAUCCGAGCAAAACUCCAGCAGUGGCACCAGCAAACGAAGUGAUUGAGGUGAGUGUGUUGUCAUCAUGGCUUGAAAAGCUUGACCGCCUGUUGUACUAACUGCUACUUCGGAACAUGUAAGCAAAAAAAUUUCUUCCAAAGCUAAUCAAAUGUACACCGCGGGGUUAUGAUGUCGUUUGUUUUUGUCUGGCGCGAUGAACCAAUUGUCGAUAUUGGGCCGCACAUAUGGGUUGUUUUCUGGGCUGGGUUCGUGUGUUAAAUGGGCGUAGCAGAAUAUUGAAACAGGCAAAAAUACACUUGUGUAGCCAAAACCCAAAAUUUUGAAGGUUUUGUCAAAUAUAGUCACUUUUAGCGAAAUACUAAAA